AACUGUAUAAAACAAAAACAACACACGAAGCACAGAGCGCACCGUCGUAAAUUCCCCCUAAUUUUGGUAUGAUCCGAGCUCAGGCACUAGGCGACUGAGCGCAGCACCCAUGUGAGCGAGGGGGGAGAAGCUGCUGCCUGCGAGUUUGCUGCAGACAGAGGAGAGCUUAAGUUUGACCAGUGCUGACAGGUGUCGGUGCCAUUGACGUUACCAUGCCCCAAAGUCAGUAUGAGUUUGCCAGAGGUGACAACAUCACACUGCCCUGCUCCUUUAAAUCUGCAAUUAACAUAAACACUGCCGAAGCAGUUGUCAUCACAUGGACGGCUUUGGCUCUGGAAGCAAAUGUCAAAGAUACCCCGAUCAUCACUUACUACUAUCCUAUAAAGAAAACUAGCAUCACACCCCCCUAUAAAGGUCGGGUGUCCCUGGACGUGGAUGUCCUGAAUGGAAAGGCUAACCUAAAGCUUUCCUCCAUCUCACUAGCUGACAACAAAGAGUUUGAGUGUCAUGUGCAGAUCCCAGAUGACGAAGACGGCAACCAAGCUGCCUCCGCACGCUUGGUGGUUCUAGUGGCUCCCUCUACGCCCGUCUGUAAGAUCCAGAGAACAGCACAGUACGGCCAGGAUAUCACCUUAACCUGUGCAUCUGCAGGAGGAUCUCCAAUGCCCACUUAUAGCUGGAAACGUUAUUGUGAGCAUAAUCAGCCUGUUCCUCAAGACCCCCAAAUCACUGACAAGGACGGCAUCCUGUCACUGUAUAAUAUCUCCAAAGAUACAUCAGGAUUCUACAUCUGCACCUCACAGAACAAGCUCCGCGCUGCUACCUGCAACCUCACCCUCUCGCUCAUGCCACCAUCCGUGAAUGCUAUUACCACUGGAGGAAUAAUAGGCAGAGUUCUUGCUUACCUGAUCUUUCUCAUUAUCAUCAUCAUCAUCUUCUUCUUUUGCCAAAAUAAAUAGCAAUGAGAAUUACACCGUCGGGUAAUGUUCCUCGUUCUGGAAGAUUCAAGCAUUUAUUAAAUCAUUUUUUAUGAGAUGACUGGGAGAAAGAAGACACUUCAGGAUCCUUUUCAGAGGAGCAGGGACAUUCGGUGCAUUUCUCCCCCCUGUUCUUUCUUACCCCCACCCCCAAAAAAUAUAUAUAUUUUUUAAAAAGUCACGUAUUUGUCUUAUGAUGCCUUUACUGCAACCAGACCAGAGUCUACACACAUAUUUGAUGAAUAUUUCUUUUCCAAGCUGUACAGAAAGAGGACAAUGCGACCAACACUGUGUCAUUUCUCUAUAUAUGAGGUUUGUUCUUUUCUUGUAAUUAAGGAAUUUAUUACUAUCACACAAUUUUACCACUAGCCUAUUUAAUUCUUUCUGUGUGAUCUUUCUGUACAUGCAUUAGGUUUAUUUGUGAACUGUGUACAACUGUGACUUCGCUGCCGUUCACUCUGGGUUGGUCACAUUCUGAUGUGAGUCAUUGCUCGAUUGCGUAAAGGCAGAAACAUCGACUACCUUCAGUUUUCUAUCAAGUGCUUUCUGUUUCUGUAUUUAAAAAAACCACAGUAUUAGGGAAACAAAAAUUAGAACUUCCACUUUUCUUUGACUGUAUGAAUUUCAGGACUCAGUCGCGGUUAGCUGCUGCUAACUGCAUGGAUUUCGUUUUCCGAUUACUUAAUCCCAAGAGCAUCAGGAGAGUGACCAGAUACACAAAAUGGUUAUUACUGUCAGCCAAAGUACUCUCACUAACAAUUUAUCCCCUGAAUUAUUUAUGCACAAGUUGGGGAAGCAGUGUAUAGUAGUAAAACAACUGUCUGACUGCAAUUGCAUUAUGCUUUCCAGUGAAGUGUUUGCAACAUCUGUGUGGUUUUCGUUUUUUAUGAAAUAAAUUUAAAGAAUUGGAAAGUGUGAGGGUGGCUGUUCAAAAGGAAGAUGGAUCGAUUGACAGAUGGACCUCACCUAGACUUAUGCAUUUCAAAUCGGUGUGUUUGCAUGCUGGUGAGAAGCUGGUCUACUUGCUGAUGCUGAGCUAGCUUUUUUAUUUACAUUUAUUCCUUUACUUACUUGUUUACUGCUUUAAUACCACAGUGUGGGACUAAUAUGGCUUUAAAAUGUAAAAUCAAGUGAUUGAGAUCUCCUGUGUGACAUUUUUACUCUGGAGUAUCACACUCUUGUUAUAGUACUUUGCACUGUAAGAAGUGACUGUUAGCGGUACCCACCUUCUAUAUGCAGGUCUUCACAUCUGCAGCUGUGUAACUGCUGGAUAGACAUGUUGCAGCAGCCAAUGGCUAUUGAAGUCCCUGAUAGUGUCUCCUCUUUUUCCUCCUGUCUGUCCAGAGCUCCUGGGUUUCUAAUUAUGCUUUUCUAACACACAUUUGCACAUUAUCUGUAAGUCCAUGUAAAUUUGUGCAAUCGCAUUGAUUUAAGAAUCUGAUUAUGGUCAGCACUAAGGCAUCAAAAUCCUGUUUUGCAGUUAUGCUUAAUCUGUA